AUGAAAGCUCUUCUUCGAGUUUAUUUGUUUUCUUAUUUAUUGCAAACGAUUGUUUCUUUCGAUUGCCCAAAUGGUGGCUUUCAAAUUCCGAAUGAGGACAUUUGUGUGUACAGUGUAACAAAUGCCAAAUCCUACAGUCAAGCAAAAAGUGAAUGUCAAUCGCUUGGUGGAAUCCCGUCAAAAAUUCAAAAUAUUUUCGAAAACGCUUUCAUAUUCUCUUCAAUCACGACAGAUUUUGUUUAUAUCGGCGUCGAGCUGGGUAGCGAUAACAAAUUUGUGUAUUCCGAUGGGACACCGCUUGUCUAUCAAAAUUGGGCUUCAAAUCAACCCGACAAGACAAAACCGUGCACCGCGAUGGAUCCACAAACGGGGAAAUGGACAUCGGUUGAUUGUGAAUCGAUUCGACCAUACACGUGCACAUCGAAUGGAGCAUACAAGCUU